AGAGAGAGGAGUAGGAUUCUCAAAAAGUUUUCAGAGGUGAAGACAACUCACCAUAAACGGCAACAAUGCCGAUCAUAGACGUUGAAAACUUAACAGACUUGGAGAAAGCUAAAAUGGAGGUAGAUCAAAAAAAGAAGGAAAUACUGCUCGAGCGAGCAAUGACGUCAAAAUGCUGUACUGAAUUUAUGGAGCUUGUCCAGGCUGGAGCUGAUGAGGAUCCCCUUGUGAAAGGCAUUCCAGAGGACAAGAACCCUUUCAAGGAGAUCAAAGGUGGAUGUGUCAUUUGCUAGAGUGGACUGAGGAAUCGCCUUCCUUUGUAGCCCUACUUCUAGUGCAAUUUGGAGACCUGCUGCCACCAAAUAAAUCAUAGCCGGAUGAGCAGGAUCCAUUAGAACAUGGAUUGAUAUGCAAACAGAUUUGAAAGUUUUUAUCACACCUUUGUAAAAAAACAAAGACUUCUCCUAAUCAAGGCCCUUUCUGAUUGUACAGUGUGUUUCCCCUUGAAAGUGACAAUAAAUCACAAGUCGUUUGUGCAA